CUGGUUGUCUUACUGCUGUGUUUGAUUUUAAUUGACAGUUUAGAUAAUGGCGUUUGCCAGUUUGCAAUGAAAUGGAUUUUUCUGUCAGUGUAGCGCUUCAAGAAAAGACAGAAGCAAAAGCCAGGGAGUCUUCAGUAGAGUGCAUCACAGGAUCUCGAGGACAUCCUGUCUUUCACAGCUUCAGCCAUCCCCCUUUUCACUCAGCUUUACUUUGUGAGUAUCCUUUAUUCUGUCUGUGAAAAUGGACGGCACAGAGUUUGAGCAGCCCAGUCUCAACUCCUAUGUUCCAACUGCUCUUGGCGACCAUAAUGCAUUAGAGGAUGAAGAGCUCGAGGACCAGAGUUCGUCUGCGUCACUCCUGCCCAAACCUUCCUCAGCGACUGUAGCUGUACGCUACAGUCCAGAAGACACUUACUGUUUAGUAUACAUCAUUUUCUUUCUGAUGGGCAUCAGCUCCCUGCUCCCCUGGAACUUCUUCAUAACAGCCAAACACUACUGGCUCUACAAGCUGAGUAACAGCACUCGUCACAGCAGCAAUGAAGAGCAGCGCUCAGACCUCAGUGACUACUUUGAAAGUUAUCUGUCCAUUGCCUCCACGGUGCCCUCUGUGCUGUGUCUGAUACUCAACUAUGUCUUAGUGAACAGGGUGUCUUCAAACGUGCGGAUCCUGUCGUCUCUCUUUGUUAUCCUUCUGGUGUUUGUGGUGACCACGGUGCUGGUGAAGGUGGAUGUGUCAGGCUGCAGGAUGGAGUUCCUUGUGGGCACGCUGGUCAGUUUGGCUGUCAUCAGUGGAGCCUCCAACCUCUUCACUGGCAGCGUGUUAGGAAUCAGUGGGCGUUUUCCAAUGAGGAUCUCUCAGGCCAUAAUAUCAGGCCAGGCUAUGGGAGGCACGCUGAGCGCAGUAGCAUCAAUAGUGGACCUGGCAGCAGCUAAGGAUGUGACAGACAGUGCUCUGGUCUAUUUCCUGACGGCCGAUAUCUUCAUCCUGCUCUGCAUCAUUACGUAUCUGCUACUUCCCAAGUUGGAAUAUUCAAGACACUACAUGCUAGAAGCAACAUCCAGCAGUCCAGGAGUAAUGAGCGAGGGUGGAGGUGUUUCAGGUACCAUGAGAAGAGUCUCCGUGCCACCACUGCAGCCCAUCCUCAGGAAGACAUGGGUGCUUGGCCUGAGUGUCUUCUACGUCUUCUGCAUCUCUAUCAUGGUGUUCCCUGCCGUUUCCUCAGGAAUCCAGUCUGUCAACAAAGACAGCGGCAGCCAGUGGACAACCACUUACUUUGUGCCCGUCACCACUUUCCUCAUGUACAAUGUAGCUGACUUGUGUGGCAGGCUCUCCACAGCCUGGUUACAGGUUCCAGGCCCCAAGAGCAGAGUCCUGCCUGCACUUGUGCUGUGUCGCUCCAUCUUAGUCCCACUUCUCAUGUACUGUAACUAUCAACCGAGGGAUCAUCUCCACACAGUGCUGUUCACCCAUGAUGCGUACCCUGUGGUCUUUAACUGCCUGCUAGGCCUCUCUAAUGGCUACUUAGGCACUCUACCAAUGAUCUAUGGCCCAAAGGUAGUACAUCGGGAGCUGGCAGAGGCCACAGGAGUGGUCAUGUCCUUCUUCCUGGCUCUGGGGUUGGCUACAGGAUCUGCAUUCUCUGUGCUUAUCGUGCACUGUAUCUGAACGAGCAGUUAAGCAACACCGCUAAACAGUGUUAUGGUGGAACUGGACAGUAACAUCAGUGCACCCCCUGCAGAUGAAUACCAGAAGCCACUGGUUUGCUGUGGAAGAAAGUGCAGAUAAGCUUCUCACUGCCACUUUUGACCAAAAAGCUCCAACACACCUUCAUACCUCACAUUAUUGUUUAUACUGCUGUGCUUCAUGGUGUGAUCCACAGAGCUAUACCCACCGUAACUUGACCCGUACAUUUCUGAGAGUGGGUUUUUAAGCACUUACACUCCAUAGGGAGUAGUUCAAUUAACAGAAGCUUAGAUUUUAUACAUUUAACACUGUAAACAUUUUGUACUGAUUUAAAUUGCGG